CAGGUGACAGCGUCACACAGCCCGACCCCGCCCCCCGGAGAUGUAUCAGUGUGCGGAUGACAGAAGAGCCGGAGGACCGAGACCGGCGGUGUGCGCCCGCGCUUUGACGAAGUAACGACGACACGGAGCGGCUCCAUCUUUUACUUUGUGCUGCGAGCGGAAGUGCCCCAGCGUCACUGUAACGACGACGACGGUGAAAGGCGAACGUUGGUCCCGAGCUCCGCGGUUUAUCUCGUACAAAUAGCUUAGGUCCGGUAAACGGCCGCACCUGGAUGCGAUGACCGAGUCGGUGGUGGACAGCAAGGCGGAGGUGAAACAAGCCACCAAAUAUGUCAAGGAGACCGAGAACGUGGCGGAGAAAUACUCCGCGUUGACAGUGAGCAAGAACAGCAGCGAUGUGAACAUGAACGUCGGGGAGAUGCCGUCAGCCGCGUUCACCGCAGUGCCCACUCUGAAAUCAGUGAAGAAGAUCCAGUUCGCAAACACAGAGGACAAACAGGAAUUCAGUAAGUACCCCACCAAGGCCGGCCGCCGCUCUCUCUCCCGGUCCAUCUCGCAGUCCUCCACAGACAGCUACAGCUCAGCUGCAUCCUACACUGACAGCUCAGAUGAUGAAACCUCCCCCCGGGACAAAGCCCAGGUCAACACCCACGGCAGCAGCGACUUCUGUGUGAAGAACAUCAAGCAGGCUGAAUUUGGCCGCCGAGAAAUAGAGAUCGCAGAACAAGACAUGUCUGCCCUGAUCUCCUUGAGGAAGAGAGCCCAGGGGGAGAAGCCACUGGCUGGGGCGAAGAUAGUAGGCUGCACCCAUAUCACUGCUCAGACAGCAGUCCUGAUUGAAACCCUGGUCGCCCUCGGGGCCCAGUGUCGCUGGACUGCCUGUAACAUCUACUCCACUCAGAAUGAGGUGGCUGCUGCUCUUGCUGAAACAGGAGUACCUGUGUUUGCAUGGAAGGGUGAGUCAGAGGAUGACUUCUGGUGGUGCAUCGAUCGCUGUGUCAACACAGAGGGCUGGCAGGCUAAUAUGAUCCUGGAUGAUGGCGGAGAUUUAACCCACUGGGUGUACAAGAAGUAUCCCAGUGUCUUUAAGAAAGUCCGGGGCAUUGUAGAGGAAAGUGUCACUGGGGUGCACAGAUUGUACCAGUUGUCAAAGGCUGGCAAGCUGUGUGUCCCUGCCAUGAAUGUGAAUGACUCAGUCACCAAGCAGAAAUUCGACAACCUUUACUGCUGCCGUGAAUCUAUCCUGGAUGGCUUGAAGAGAACCACGGAUAUCAUGUUUGGAGGCAAACAAGUCGUGGUGUGUGGUUAUGGGGAGGUGGGGAAAGGCUGCUGCACUGCUCUUAAAGCUCUUGGAGCUAUUGUGUGCAUCACUGAGAUUGACCCCAUCUGUGCCCUGCAGGCUUGCAUGGACGGUUUCAGAGUGGUUAAGCUGAGCGAAGUGAUUCGGCAGAUGGACGUGGUGAUAACUUGCACUGGCAACAAGAAUGUCGUCACCAGAGAACAGCUGGACCGAAUGAAGAACGGCUGCAUUGUCUGCAACAUGGGACACUCCAAUACUGAGAUCGAUGUGGCGAGUCUGCGCAGUCCUGAGCUGACCUGGGAGAGGGUUCGCUCUCAGGUCGAUCACAUCAUCUGGCCGGAUGGAAAGAGGGUUGUCCUUCUGGCAGAGGGUCGCCUUUUAAAUCUGAGCUGCUCCACUGUGCCUACGUUUGUGUUGUCCAUCACUGCUACAACUCAGGCUCUGGCCCUGAUUGAGUUAUUCAACGCUCCUGAGGGACGUUACAAACAGGAUGUCUAUCUCCUGCCAAAGAAAAUGGAUGAGUAUGUGGCAAGUUUGCACCUACCAAACUUUGACGCCCACCUAACAGAGCUUUCUGACGAGCAGGCCAAGUACAUGGGCCUCAACAAGAAUGGUCCCUUCAAACCAAAUUAUUACAGGUAUUAAUGAAAGUGUCCGAUGGUACGAUCCUCAAAACACAGUUGCCCUGGGAUAAACAGAGAUAUCUAUUUUAUUUUCUAAAUUGCUACAAAACGGAGGAAUUAUUUUACUUAUGCUGAAUGUAACUUAUUAAUAGCACUCCAGACAUAGCGUUGAAUAUGAAAAAUAAGAGUAACAUAUGUAGGAAACAUAAUAUAUAACCAACUAACAUUUUACAUGACUUGUCACGUGUGUGAAAAACAAAGCCUGCUUGCAUGCUUUCAUGUGUAUGUACUUAGUUGCUAAUGCUUAUGUCACUAGAUCACAGAGUUGUUGAUUUGUUCGGUGAUCCUAUUUACGCACAGUGCCAAAUCAUGGCCGUAAGAAUGGAACAUGAUAUUUUUGUUUGUCUGUCAAUGGCAUUAAGAUUUUAUUAGUACAUUUAAGGGGCCAGAGUUUAGGCUGAGCCAUAACAAACUCUGUAUUAUAAUUUACAUUCUUUAAGGAAUGUUUUGUUCUAUGUGUUUUAAAUGAUCUCAUUGGAUGGUAUCUGCAUACAUGCUCUAAAAGGUAACAUCCAGACAGGAAAGCACAGUGAUGAAUUACAGUAUAACGUGUUAUGUAAUCAACACAAUCCAGUGAUGUUUAUUCUAAGUUUAAAGCUGUGACUCAUGACAUUCACUGCUCUUCUUAGACUGAUCUAGAAACACCCAGAGACUUUGUUGUGCUAAUAACAGAYUAUAUUACAGAGGAAGUUGAGGAGAUGGUGGCCAGUAAAACAUCUCUAUAACUUCCCUCAUUUCAUACCAAGCUUUUAUUUGCUCACUUAAAUCCCAGCAGAGUUGUGUCUCGCUGAAGAGUGUUUUGACUGGAUCAUACCUUUCAGUCCAUGCUAUGAAUGUGCCUUUUUAAAUCAUUCACAGCAAAUUAAAUCUAAUUAAAUAAACAUUCCUUGCUAACAUUAACCCACCAGUGCUACAUUUAAUGUCUUCCCUCCACUGCUUCUGCUGUUAAGUGUAACUCUACUGUAAGAACUAUUAUCUUUCUGUUUGCCACAUUACUGUCACUGUCUUAAUUUGAUCCAGUGGGAUCGUCUAAACUAAUAUUUCAUGUGAUCAAAAUGCACAAGUGUCUACUAUGUAUGUAAAAGAAUGCAUUCAAUCAGCAAUAAAGCAAGUCCUUUUAA